UCGACUGCACCCAGCUCGAUAGCCGGCUGGUUCACUCAGGCUUGCGACUCGAUCGAAUGUACCACAUUUCACGCUUCUACUGUUCCCUUCAUUGUCGCGCCUCUCAACCUCGACAAUACUGCCGACAGCAAGUUUGAAGAAGGAAACUUUCGCGGCGCAUCAUUUCCUGGUACCGAGGCUUCAGAUACCGCAACGCGACAUGGACAAGUUACAUGCACUCGAAUCUGCGCUGGAGAAAAUUAUUCUUGACCCAAAGUACCACGACAUCCUUACACUGGUAAAAGGUGUACGGAAUGGCAUCGUUUACGGCGCCAAAGUGCGCUUCCCGCACGCACUUGUGAUGAUCUUCCUCUUCCGCUCGGGAACAAUACGCUCAAAAUGCUGGCUUGUCUACAAAGCCACACGGCAGCAUGCCCGUAAUCUCGGCCUUUUCGCCCUCACCUACAAGACCACUAUGCUCUUCCUCCGCCAUACCUCUCCCACAGGCAAGGAGCGCCACUACGACUCGUUCCUCGCCGGCCUGCUCGGCGGCUACACAGUCUUCGGGCGCACAAUACAUAACUCUGUCUCUCAACAGAUCGUCAUAUACGUAUUUGCACGAGUGGCGCUGGCGCUGGCGAAACUCGCUGUGCAGCCGAGACAUGUUGCUGGGACUCCAGGCGGAGCAGGUGGGUGGGAGCUGUUCGGAGACGGAGAGAUGCGGAGGAUUCUGAUCCGCAAUGGAUGGCCAGCCUUUGCGAGUUUGAGCUGGGCUAUGGUUAUGUAUCUGUUCAGGUGGCAUCCAGAGACUGUACAGAGCAGUUUGAGGAGCAGCAUGAGUUACAUUUAUGUACAGUCGGAUCAUUGGGACUCGCUGCGAACGUUGGUUUGGCACAACAAAUGAGGCGAACAGACCCAGAGCAUCACACGGGCUCGCUACAAGUGUACUGAUGCAGACUCGGCAUGAAUCCGGGCGCAUCGGCUGGUAUGAGCGUCAGACUUGUCAUCCGCCUGGUACAACUUAUAUGUGGUAUGGAUGUACUCGUGCAAGCAGCCUUACCUUGCAGCUCCAUCGGCGACAGCACGUGGCAGGCGCGACUAAGAUUGCCCUG